UUACUACCUAGAAUUUUCCUCUUUCUUUGAGAGAUUCGAUUUUGAUGAACUGAGUUUAUAAGUCUCAUUUUCUUCCUCAUUCUCCAGAGAAUACUGUAUCUUCAGACUCCCAGCCAGCCAGGGAUAGAGGAGGAGGAGUCCAACCAGCAGUGGUAGAUAUAGCCCAACUUGAAUCAACAUCGUCAUACUCUGGACACUCACCAUCCCAGACUCUGACAUGUUAGACUCUGCCAGUUGCAGUCUGUACUGGUUGGCCAGCUGUGGAUUGUGGAACAGACUGUACUCUGUGCAGACGUCACUGCCAAUGGCCUGCCAGUCUGUCAUUAUCAGCAGUGAUACUAUGGUUGUUAUCAACCCCAACAAAGUUAGUCCAUAUCCUCUCAUUUUGAGAUACUGAAGCAAAUAC